CUGCGCGACCCUUUCCGCAGGACCCCCGCGGGCUGCCCCUGGCGAUGCCUGACCGGAAAGUUUCGCACUGAGGAGACCGGCGAGUGCGUCAAGUGCCGGAACCAGGAUGAGUGUGGAAGCUAGUGGCAAGCCCUUGAAAGUGGGCUCCCGAGUGGAAGUCAUCGGAAAGGGACACCGUGGGACAGUGGCAUAUGUUGGAGCCACGUUGUUCGCCACAGGAAAGUGGGUUGGAGUCAUCUUGGAUGACGCGAAGGGCAAGAACGAUGGCAUUGUGCAGGGCAGGAAGUAUUUCACCUGUGAAGAGAAUCAUGGCAUCUUUGUGCGACAGUCACAGAUCCAGAUUUUUGAAGAUGGAGCAGAUACAACAUCUCCAGAAACCCCAGAAUCUUCUGCCUCAAAGGUCCCCAAAAGAGAAUCUUUGGAAGCUGCCAAAGCCAGCAAAUUGCCUACCCGGACUCCCAACUCGGCAGCAUCCAGCGGGACAGCUGGGCCCUCUGGCUCAGCUUCCGCCUCAGCGGGUGAGAUGAGUAGCAGUGAGCCCAGCACACCUGCUCAGACGCCUCUGGCUGCGCCGGUCAUUCCAACUCCUUCCCUGACCUCUCCGGUGGCACCUCCUUCAGCUCCUUCCCCCACGAAGGAGGAGGAGAACCUGCGUUCUCAAGUCAGAGACCUGGAGGAGAAGCUGGAAACUCUGAAGAUGAAGCGAAAUGAAGACAAAGCAAAGCUGAAAGAGCUGGAGAAAUACAAGAUCCAGUUGGAGCAGGUGCAGGAGUGGAAGAGCAAAAUGCAGGAACAACAGGUUGACCUCCAGAAACGUCUAAAGGAGGCCAAAAAGGAAGCCAAAGAUGCAUUGGAAGCCAAGGAGCAUUACAUGGAGGAAAUGGCCGAUACGGCUGAUGCUAUCGAGAUGGCAACUCUGGACAAGGAGAUGGCGGAGGAGCGGGCCGAAUCCCUGCAACAGGAGGUGGAGUCCCUGAAAGAGAAGGUGGAAUAUCUCACCAUGGACCUGGAAAUCCUGAAACAUGAGAUAGAAGAGAAAGGCUCGGAUGGGGCUGCAUCCAGCUACCAGGUCAAACAGCUAGAAGAGCAAAACGCGAGGCUCAAGGAAGCUCUCGUCAGGAUGCGGGAUCUGUCUGCAUCAGAGAAGCAGGAGCACGUGAAGCUUCAGAAACACAUGGAGAAGAAGAAUUCAGAGCUGGAGAGCUUGCGUCAGCAGAAGGAGAAGCUGCAGGAGGAGGUGAAGCAGGCAGAGAGAACCAUUGAUGAGUUGAAAGAGCAGGUGGAUGCUGCGCUGGGUGCUGAAGAGAUGGUGGAGACUCUGACCGAGAGAAACCUGGACUUGGAGGAGAAGGUCCGGGAGCUGCGCGAGACCGUCGGCGACCUGGAAGCCAUGAACGAGAUGAACGACGAGCUGCAGGAGAAUGCCAGGGAGACCGAGCUGGAGCUGCGUGAGCAGCUGGACAUGGCAACGGCGCGGGUCCGCGAGGCAGAGAAGCGCGUGGAGGCUGCACAGGAGACAGUGGCAGAUUACCAGCAGACCAUCAAGAAAUACAGGGAGCUGACUGCACACCUGCAGGAUGUGAACCGAGAGCUCACAAACCAGCAAGAAGCUUCUGUUGAGAGACAACAGCAGCCUCCGCCAGAGAUGUUCGACUUCAAGAUUAAAUUUGCAGAGACGAAGGCCCAUGCGAAGGCCAUAGAGAUGGAGCUGCGCCAGAUGGAGGUACAGCAGGCCAACCGGCACGUCUCCCUCCUCACCUCCUUCAUGCCUGACAGCUUCCUGCGCCACGGAGGGGACCACGACUGCAUCCUGGUGCUGCUGCUCAUCCCCCGGCUCAUCUGCAAGGCCGAGCUGAUCAGCAAACAGGCCCAGGAGAAGUUCGAGCUGAAUGAAAACUGUGCCGAGCGCACGGGCCUCCGGGGUGCCCCAGGGGAGCAGCUGAGCUUUGCUGCGGGGCUAGUGUAUUCGCUCAGCCUCCUGCAAGCAACGCUGCACAAAUACGAACAGGCCCUGAGUAAGUGCAGCGUUGAGGUCUAUAAGAAGGUGGGGAUGCUCUACCCGGAGAUGAGUGUCCAUGAGCGCUCGCUGGACUUCCUGAUUCAGCUGCUGCACAAGGACCAGCUGGAUGAGACGGUCAACGUGGAGCCACUCACCAAAGCUAUCAAAUACUACCAGCACCUGUACAGCAUCCACUUGGUGGAGCAAGCUGAAGACUGCACCCUGCAGCUGGCAGACCACAUUAAGUUCACCCAGAGUGCCUUGGACUGCAUGGGCGUGGAAGUGGGUCGAUUGCGGUCCUUCCUGCAGACGGGGCAGGAGGCGUCCGACCUCGCCAUCCUCCUCAAGGACCUGGAGACCUCCUGCAGCGACAUCCGCCAGUUCUGCAAGAAGAUCAGACGCCGCAUGCCCGGAACAGACGCACCUGGGAUACCCGCGGCACUCGGCUUCGGACAGCAGGUGUCGGACACGCUGCUGGACUGCCGCAAGCACCUGACCUGGGUGGUGGCGGUGCUGCAGGAAGUGGCUGCCGCGGGGGCCCAGAUGAUCGCCCCGCUGACGGAGAACGAAGGGCUCCUGGCCGUGAAGCUGGAAGAUCUGGCCUUCAAAGCAAGCGAGCAGAUCUACGGCAGCCAGGGCGUCAACCCGUACGAGUGCCUGCGCCAGUCCUGUAAUAUCCUCAUUGCGACCAUGAACAAGAUGGCCACUGCUAUGCAGGAGGGAGAGUACGACGCCGACCGGCCACAGACCAAGCCCCCUCCUCCUGUCAAUCUGAGGGCAGCCGCGCUCCGGGCCGAGAUCACAGAUGCGGAGGGCCUGGGACUCAAGCUGGAAGACAGAGAGACGGUCAUCAAAGAGCUGAAGAAAUCGCUCAAAAUCAAGGGCGAGGAGCUGAGUGAAGCAAACGUGCGCCUCAGUCUCCUGGAGAAGAAGCUUGACAGCGCGUCCAAGGACGCGGAUGACCGGGUGGAGAAGAUCCAGACCAAGCUGGACGAGACCCAGGCUCUGCUCAAAAAGAAGGAGAAGGAGUUUGAGGAGACCAUGGAUGCUCUUCAGGCUGAUAUUGACCAGCUGGAAUCGGAAAAGAUGGAGCUAAAGCAGCGCUUGAACAACCAGUCCAAGCGCACCAUCGAGGGGCUGCGGGGAUCCCCUGCCUCUGGAAUCGCGUCUAUCGUGUCGGGCAUUGCAGGAGGUGAGCGAUCCGCUCAUGCCCCCUCCCUGCAGCCUCACUGCCCGGACGCCGGAAAGGAAACCCGGGGCAAAGGCCCUGCGGGGAUGGGGAGUGGAACCUCUUGGGAGCUCAGUCGGCCUCCCUGUCUCCCUCCCAGAGGCAGAGCAGUGUAUAAAUGCAGUGUAUGAAGCU